AUGCCCCUUACAUUGGUGGUCAGUGGGAAGAAUGCCCCUUACAUUGGUGGUCAGUGGGAAGAAUGCCCCUUACAUUGAUGGUCAGUGGGAAGAAUGCCCCUUACAUUGGGGGCCAGUGGGAAGAAUGUCCCUUACAUUGGUGAUCAGUGGGAAGAAUGCCCCUUACAUUGGUGAUCAGUGGGAAGAAUGCCCCUUACAUUGGGGGUCAGUGGGAAGAAUGCCCCUUACAUUGGGGGUCAGUGGGAAGAAUGUCCCUUACAUUGGUGGUCAGUGGGAAGAAUGCCACUUACAUUGAUGGUCAGUGGGAAGAAUGUCCCUUACAUUGGGGGUCAGUGGGAAGAAUGUCCCUUACAUUGGUGGUCAGUGGGAAGAAUGCCACUUACAUUAAUGGUCAGUGGGAAGAAUGUCCCUUACAUUGGGGGUCAGUGGGAAGAAUGUCCCUUACAUUGGUGGUCAGUGGGAAG